AUGAGUGGAAACACCAGCCCAAUAUGCCCAGGGAGCACUCCGAUCUGGUACUGGGAUUUCGGGAGCGUUGAACUGAAUGAAGUCAAUGGUGGGACUCAAUAUCAUUCUUUGAUUCAAAUCGCUGGGGGGCCGGAAACAGAUACGGACCCUGGGAUCACGAACUCUCUUGAGCCAGAAGAAGACCUGCUCUAUGCUACAUUAAAGAAGGAUGUAAUAUUCCGAUCAUUCUUUAAAGUUAAAAGAGACGGUCAAUAUCUCCACCUAAAAGACGAAGAUGGCCUUAACCCUGGAGAUGUUCUUGAAUUUUGGGGUCCUUCAAGAUUGGGCCAAAACAGAUUAUUUCUCAACGUGUUUGGGCCAGAAACAUUUGGUUUAAGAAGGAUACCGUACUCAGAAGAUCCAUCCGUAUCGUUAGAAGUUGAACUCCGGGUACGUGUCGCCACCGCAAGCAACACCAAGAUCGGGUCUCGCUCAGAAGGAGAACGUCUGGCAGGACGGUCGCCAAUUAAUCGCUCUACAUCUCUGUCAUUCGGUAAGAAGAAUGAUUCUGGGUGUUUGAGUAGGGUUUGUAAGGCUACAGCUAGCGGGAUCGGUGGCAUAUUCCGAGGAGCCAAAAAGAUAUUCUCGGGCACGAGCAAAGGCCACCGCCAGUCAGGGUUUCCACCUCAAGACCCGAGACGCUUUCUAGACGAUCUUAUGCUCGACGACCGAUCGGGCACAGGUAGAGUACGGCUGCGAGGCUCUGUCAGCCGCCAGCUAACGCAGAACUCUGAACCAAGUGCACGCUCACCUAGCGCCCGUCGGCAGAGCAAUAAUGGAGAAUUAGAGCUCCCAGAGGCCCUCGCAGUAGCCAAUGAUCAAGAUACGGCGACAGAUUUACCAAGAUUCUUAAACUUAGGACCUCGUGGUGCUCGAAGGCUUUUGAAUUACAUCGUCAGUAACGACUUGGAUAGAAUUACUGAAGGCACAGAAGGCACUGGAAUUGAUACACCCAUCGAGAUCCGCACACCUGGCAUUAUUGAUACUCGGCCUAUCCUAAACACAAUGACUAAUAGUCGGCCAGAUACACAUGGGCAUUUUGGAUCCGAGACACUCAUGUCGCCAAAAAAUCCUGAAAUCGCGGAAAAUCCAGAAGAAGAGGAGGACGAAGCUGAUGAAGAAGAAAGAAAAACUAAUGAUGAUUAUGAGUAUCGGGGGGAGGCUAAGGAGGAAGAGGAAGCGGAUACAAGCUCACUGAGCAUUGCAAUAUCUGAAGAUAUUGAUGAUAAUGAAGAUGUCCAAGUAAAUAAUCCUCCAAUGUUGCUCACCGGAGAAGGGGGGCCAGGUGCGAGUAAAGGAGUACUUGAUUUAUCAAGAAUAACUUCAAUGUAUACCUCACAGCCUGUUCCUGCCGAAAAGCAACUGAGACGCUCAAAUAAUUUGAUGGGGUCGUAUUCAGAAGAACUAGAAUAG